AUGGCUCCAUUUUUGCAGAAGAAUGUGGGAGCGUUUAUCGAGGAGCCCUCCCUAGUGUCCACCUCAGCUCAGAAUGAGGGACAGAAGAUGGCCAGCCAGUCAGCCAGAAGUCCCCCAGGCCUUAGUCCUACAGGCAGCCUCUACACCCAAACCCCCUCCCUGUCUCUACCCCUCCUACAGGACAGAAAGGUGGGAGGUGCUGCUGUUUACACAACACAGAGCCAGAUGCCUCAUUUUUCAAACAUUGUGGAACACACUGCUCAUGUUCUCCUUUGUUACAUCAUUGCAUCCUUGAUAGAAUCACAGAAUGCAGAAUAGAAUGUUAAUGACAGUAACGUGUAAUUGCCCAUGGUAGCUAACGGCUGGUUGAUAAAAUGUGAAACUAUUACUAUGGGCUAGCAAGGCUACCAUUAUAGGUAGCAGGUCAGUACUGGUACUCUCUACAUGUUUGUACGUGUGUGUGUGCGCAUGCCUACUCACUCCUGUAUUUACAUUUGUGUAUGUGUGUGUCUGUUCUGUGUGUGUUAUAAUAGUCUCUUGGUGAGAUGGAGAGUGCCACCAUCCAAAGGCAGAGGCGGGAGCUGCAGCUGCUUAUUUCUGAACUGAAGGACCGGGACCAGGAGCUCAACACCAUGGCUGCUGCCCACCACAAGCAGCUCACUUCCUGGGAACAAGACCGCCAAAGAGUCCUGACCCUGGAGCAGAGGUGUGCUCGCCUGGAGGGUGAGAGAGGGGACAUAGGCCUCAAUCCCAAAUGAACACGAAAUAUUCCAUCCAUCAUCUGUGUGUGUGUACAUUCCCAAAAUAACCUUAAUGAUGGGUAGUUACAUCCAGACCUAGAUGGUGAAUUGUAUCCUCUGUAUUAUUUUAUGAUGUUUGCUUUGCAUAUGAUGGGUCUGGGAAUAGCAUUGAUAAGAUCUCUGGUGUUUGUGCGUGUGCAUGCAUGCAUGUUGUGUGUGUGUGUGUUUUUUGCUUGUAUGUGUAUCAAUCUGUGUGUCAUAAUGUGUGUUUGCUUGUCUUAGAUGAGCUUCAGAAGCGUAAUGAGGUGAUCAGAGCUGUGACUAAGAGGGUUCACGUCGUGGAGGCCCGGGAGAAGGAAGGCCACAGGGAGCUCAACUCUACCCAGCAACAGCUGCUCGAGCUGGGGCAGAAACAGCAGCACGCCAGCCAACACUGUCACGACCUGAAGGUACAAACACACACACAGCCAAUUUGGUGUUGUACUGAUGUAAUUAUUUGCAGUCCAAUUUUGUGUUGUACUGAUGUGAUUAUGUGCAGUCCGUGAAAGAAAGUGUUUCCGGUGUUGUUGUUAAACAGGACUGUGAAAUAAAGUGUUUCUGGUGUCGUGUUGUUUUGUCUCCCCCACCAGGAGAAGAACCAAAGUCUGAACUCCACAGUGAUGUCUCUGUCAGCCCAGCUGGGCUCUCUGCAAGUCAGAGGGGAGGAGCUCAGCGCCAUGCUCAGACUCAAGGUACGCUUCACUUGCUUUCUUAAACCUUCGUCUCUAACUCUGAUGACCCUGUAAUAGAGUAGUAAAGCCGUGCAGUUACAUACCUGCUAGUCUCUCACGACAGCCUAGCUGAUUUGGUUCUGGGUGCCGAGAUUCAGGGGCGCAACUUUGGUUUUAGAAGUGGGGGGGACAUUAUUUGUUUGUUUUUUAUCCAGUCGGAUAAACACUCCAAACAGCCUAGCCGACCACUCGGAGGCGUCCGCAUGGUCCUAAAGCACACCAUUGCCUCGUUUUGUAUCACAUUCCAAUUAUAAAACUGGGGGGGACAAAAUUGCAAUUUCAUGUCCCCCCCGUCCCCAGUGAAAGUUGCGCCCCUGCUGAGAUUACAGACAUGCAGACUGUAAAUUGUACAGUGGUUAUCAUAAGUACUCACCCCCCUUGGAUUUUUUUCACAUUUUGUUGCAUGACAAAGUGAGAUUGAAAUGGAUUUAGUUUUUUUGUCAUUGAUCUACACAAAAUAUAGUUGUUGCAAAAUUAUUCACUUGUUUUGUUUAGGCAAGACUAAAUUAGUUCAGGAGUCAAAUUUGGCUUAACAAAUUGCAUAAUAAGUUACAUGAUUUUUGAAUGACUACCCAUUCGUCUGUCCCCCAUACACACAUCUGUAAGGUCCCUCAGUCAAGUAUUGAAUUUCAAGCACAGAUUCAACUACAAAGACCGGGGAGCUUUUCAAAAGCCUCAAAGAAGGGCAGUGAUUUGUAAAAUAAUAAAUAAUAUGCCAUUUAGCAGACGCUUUUAUCCAAAGCGACUUACAGUAAUGCGUGCAUACAUUUUUUUUGUGUAUGGGUGGUCCCGGGGAUCGAACCCACUACCUUGGCGUUACAAGCGCCGUGCUCUACCAGCUGAGCUACAGAGGACCACAGUUAGGUAACAAUAACAAAUCAAACAUUGAAUAUGUAUUAAACCACCCAGACACAACGGAGAUACAGUCGUCCUUCUGAACUGAGGUGCAGGACAGGAAGGAAACUGCUCAGGGAUGUCACCAUGAGGCCAUUGGUGAUUUUAAAACAGCUACAGAGUUCAAUGGUUGUGAAGGGAGAAAAUUGAUGAUGGAUCAACACCAUUGUAGUUACUCCACAAUAUUUUUGUAAAAAUGUUUUAGUCAUUUUAGCAGAUGCUCUUAUCCAGAGCGACUUACAGUUAGUGAGUGCAUACAUUUUCAUACUGGUCCCCCGUGGGAAUCGAACCCACAACCCUGGCGUUGCAAGCGCCAUGCUCUACCAACUGAGCUACACAGGACUACUAAAUGACAGAGUGAAAAUAAUAAUAAUAAUAUACAGUGCCUUCAGAAAGUAUUCACACCCCUUGACUUUUUCCACAUUUUGUUAUGUUAAAAAGUGGGAAUAAAAUUGAUUUAAUUGUCAUUUUUUUGUCAACAAUCUACACAAAAUACUCUGUAUUGUCAAAGUAUUUUUUAAAUAUUAUUUUUGACAAAUAAAACACAAAUACUUUAUCUUGAUUAGAUAAGUAUUCAACCCCCUGAGUCAAUCAAUACAUGUUAGAAAAAUUCUAACAUUUUCAUUUCUUGCCAUAGAUUUUCAAGCAGAUUUAAGUCAAAACUGUAUCUCGGCCACUCACUGUCUUCCUGGUAAGCAACUCCAGUGUAGAUUUGACCUUGUGUUUUAGGUUAUUGUCCUGCUGAAAGGUGAGUUCAUUUCCCAGUGCCUGGUGGAAAGCAGACUCAACUAGGUUUUCCUCUAGGAUUUUGCCUGUGCUUAGCUCCAUUCCGUUUAUUUUUUAUCCUGAAAAACUCCCCAGUUCUUUUUAAUGUUUUGUAUUUAUUUAUUCAUAUACACUACCGAUCAAAAGUAUUAGAACACCUACUCAUUCAAGGGUUUUUCUUCAUUUUUACUAUUUUCUACAUUGUAGAAUAAUAGUGAAGACAUCAAAACUAAAAAGAUUGUUAAACAAAUCAAAAUAUAUUUUGUAUUUGAGAUUCUUCAAAUAGCCACCCUUUGCCUUGAUGACAGCUUUGCACACUCUUGGCAUUCUCUCAACCAGCUUCACCUGGAAUGCUUUCCAACAGUCUUGAAGGAGUUCCCACAUUUGCUGAGCCCUUGUUGGCUGCUUUGCCUUCACUCUGCGGUCCAACUCAUCCCAAAUCAUCUCAAUUUGGUUGAGGUCAGGGGAUUGUGGAGGCCAGGUCAUCUGAUGCAGCACUCCAUCACUCUCCUUCUUGGUAAAAUAGCCCUUACACAGCCUGGAGGUGUGUUGGGUCAUUGUCCUGUUGAAAAACAAAUGAUAGUCCCACUAAGCCCAAACCAGAUGGGAUGGUGUAUCGCUGCAGAAUACUGUGGUAGCCAUGCUGGUUAAGUGUGUCUUGAAUUCUAAAUAAAUCACAGACAGUGUCACCAGCAAAGCACCCCCACACCAUAACACCUCCAUGCUUUACGGUGGGAACUACACAUGCGGAGAUCAUCCGUUCACCUACACCGCGUCUCACAAAGACACAGCUGUUGAAAACAAAAAUCUACAAUUUGGACUCCAGACCAAAGGACAAAUUUCCAGCGGUCUAAUGUCCAUUGCUCGUGUUUCUUGGCCCAAGCAAGUCUCUUCUUAUUGGUGUCCUUUAGUAGUGGAUUCUUUGCAGCAAUUCAACCAUGAAGGCCUGAUUCACACAGUCUCAUCUGAACAGUUGAUGUUGAGAUGUGUCUGUUACUUGAACUCUGUAAAGCAUUUAUUUGGGCUGCAAUUUCUGAGGCUGGUAACUAUAAUGAACUUAUAACUCUGGGUCUUCCAUUCAUGUGGCGGUCCUCAUAAGAGCCAGUUUCAUCAUAGCGCUUGAUGGUUUUUGCGACUGCACUUGAAGAAACGUUUAAAGUUCUUGACAUUUUCAGUAUUGACUGACCUUCAUGUCUUAGUAAUGAUGGACUGUCGUUUCUCUUUGCUUAUUUGAGCUGUUCUUGCAAUAAUAUGGACUUGGACUUUUACCAAAUAGGGCUAUCUUCUGUAUACCCCACUACAUUGUCACAACACAACUGAUUGGCUCAAAUGCAUUAAGAAGGAAAGAAAUUCCACAAAUUAACUUUUAAGAAGACACACCUGUUAAUUGAAAUGCAUUCCAGGUGACUCCCUCAUGAAGCUGGUUGAGAGAAUGCCAAGAGUGUGCAGAGCUGUCAUCAAGGAAAAGGGUGGCUAUUUGAAGAAUCUCAAAUAUAAAGUGUAUUUUUAUUUUUUCAAUACUUUUUUGGUUACUACAUGAUUCCAUAUGUGUUAUUUCAUAGUUUUGAUUUCUUCACUAUUAUUCUACAAUGUAGAACAUAGUAAAAAUAAAGAAAAACCCUUGAAUGAGUAGGUGUUCUAAAACUUUUGACCGGUAGUGUAUAUAUAUUUUUUACCCCUUUUUCUCCCCAAUUUCGUGAUAUCCAAUUGGUAGUUACAGUCUUGUCCCAUCGCUGCAACUCCCGUACGGACUCGGAAGAGGCAUGCGUCCCCCGCCAAGCCACACUGCUUCUUGACACACUGCUCGCUUAACCCGGAAGCUAGCCGCACCAAUGUGUCGGAGGAAAGUACUGUAUAGCUGGCGACAGAAGUCAGCGUGCAUGCGCCCGGACGCCACAAGGAGUCGCUAGAGUGCGAUGGGACAAGGACAUCCCAGCCGGCCAAACCUUCCCCUAACCCAGACGACGGUCGCAAUAUAUUAGUGUUUUAUUUUUCAUAAUUUCUUUACAAAUAUUAUAAUUUUUCUUCUACUUUGACAUUACAGAGUAUUUUGUGUAGAUCGUUGGCAAAAAAUUACAAUUAAAUACAUUUUAAUCCCACUUUGUAACACAACAAAAUGUUGAAGAAGUCAAGGGGUAUAAAUACUUUCUGAAGACACUCUAAUCAAGGUAUAUUACUGUUUUAUUUUUCAUAUAUUUAAUGUAUUUUUUAGAUUUGUUCUUCCACGUAGAUCAAUGAUACAAAAAAAUCACAAUUCAAUUAAUUUCAAUCCCACUUUAUAACACAACAAAAUGUGGAAAAUUCCAAAAGGUGUGAAUACAUAUGGUACCCACUGUAUAUAACCUCUUCUUCCCCCACCAGGACAAGGAUGUGACGGAGGCAACCAAUCACAUCGUAGAUCUGUCUGGGCGCCUGCGGGAGAUGGAGGGUUUGCUGAAGGAGAGUCGAUCACAGGAAGCCAGGGUGCUCAGGGAGUUCGAGGAGCACAAACGGCGAUACAGAGAGGCCCGGCACGAGAACACACGGCUCAAAGGUACAGGUGCCUGAGUACAUGGCUCAGAGAUGUGGUCCUCUGUAGCUCAGCUGGUAGAGCACGGCGCUUGUAACGCUAAGGUAGUGGGUUCGAUCCCCGGGACCACCCAUACAAAAAAAUGUUUUAUGCAUGCAUGACUGUAAGUCGCUUUGGAUAAAAGCGUCUGCUAAAUGGCAUAUUAUGAUUAGAUACAGUACACUACAAAAGUUUUGUAGUUUUCAGUAAGACUGAAAAAGCUAGUUGUCAUAUACCUGUGCACUCUUAAAUUAUGCGCUCUCACUCUCCUUCUUCUCCCUCCCUCUCUCUCUCCAUCCCCCGUGUUGUGGUUCUAGAAGAGUUACAGCAGCAGGUGACAGAGGGCAGUGCCCAGAGAGAGGACAUCAUCCGUCUGAAACAGGAAGGACAGCUGCUGCGCAGGGAGCUGGCUCUCUCGGGUACCUCGCAUUCAACCAAGUUUAUUUAUAUAGGACUUUUGAGUGAAACGUUUUCACAAAUAUAUUUGUCACAAUGUUAUUUACAGCUGCCUAAACCCCUGUCUUGUCUGGUACCGACCUCUAGAGGCAAGGUUUUCCAAUGUAAUGACAGGAGAAGCCUGUGAACAUUGUAUAUGGUGCAUGUAGGGCCUCCUCUGGAACAGUAGGGAGGGUGCCUGUAGUGCUAUAGUUCCAGGUCAUUGUUUCCCUCAACAGGAACAUCUAGUUCCUCUUGCUAAUCGCUGUUAUUCUCUGCCCUAACAGUCUUUAUUGACUGUAUUAACAUAGAUAGACUGACUGAUUGAACCACUCCAGCUUCUCUCGUCUCAUAGUGCAUUAUUUUAGACAGCUCACUAAGAAAAUAAAUUAUACAUUUCUACCAAACUAUUAAUAAGAAACUAUUGUGACUGCUUUUGACAUGGUUCCUGUCUGCCAGGUGAGGGGGAGAGCUGGAAGGAUGAGCUGCUGGGAUUGGCUCGUUCCAAGCAGGAGCGCACAGAGUCAGAGCUGCACUGUCUACGCCAGGUGUGUCACCUCUUACCUUAUCUCUACCUCCACACUUUUACCCACAGCGCAUUGGGCUGGGCUGUCGGUCAGGUUCUACAGCAUACCUGUGGAACUUCAGGAAUGUUCUCUACCUUGGCUGUUUGGCGCUGUCUGUGUUGGUGGUGUGUCACAUACCUGGGCCUUGACUCAGCCCUGACACAGUUAACCUGAAGAGGCUAAGGAGCUGUAUUUGGCCAAAGUUACCCAGACUAAGAUGAAAUAUUGAUGUAAAUUAAUAAUCAUUUACACUGGGUCAACCAAUGAAAGUAAAAUGUACCCUGACAUGAUAUGCAUGAAAUCUAUGUUGAAGUGUCCACACUCCUAAGUGUGUGUCUGUGUGUGCUCCAGGUGUGUGAGAACCAGCAGAAUGACCUGCAGCUGCUUCAGCUGAACCUGGAGAGCACCCGGGAGGCCCUGAAACAGGCUGAGGGACAGGGGCCAAAUGGAAGGUGAGCUGGGUGUGCGUGCAUGUGUAUAUUUAUUCAACUCAGUUGAACAGUGAUGUUUUGCACAGCAGUGCAGUUUUAGUGUUGCUGUAGGUCUCAGAUAUGUUGCUGUUGUUUCUGUGGCUUUAGAGGAGGUGCUGAAAUGGUGUCUAUGACCAGUCAGGGAACAGAGAGAGGAGAAGGAACAGAGAGACGAGCAGCAGGGUCAGUCUACAGACAGGCUUUAAGCAGGAGUAUAGACCGCCACCCAAACCAACCAGAACCCCCCUUCCCCCUCCUCGUCACAGGAGAGAGACAGGCACCCCAGCAGGAGGAGGAAAGUAGUGUUUCAGGUUUGACCUCUGACCUCACUGACGGUACAGUGGCAACCCGGGACCUCACUGCUGCUGUCCCCAGAGAGUUGCUGAGUCACUCAACGGUCCAAGCUAGCAGCGUUAGUGACCGUUUGUCAUCAACGGAGAGAGAGAACCAGAACAUAUCAAACCCCCGUACUCACAGUUCCUACACCAAGCGAGAGUCAAGUCACCAGGAAACAAUGGCAGGGAGAGAGAGUAGAGAAACCAUGGAUACACCUAGCAUAGCCGGCGCCACAGGAACGCUUAGUCGAACUCGAUCGCCAGAUCAAGCUAGCAUCAACUUCAGCGACUACCUGUCUACUGUUUCAGGAACCCAAAGCACGUCUCUUAGGCAACAAGAAAAACAACAACUCACCAAACUCAGCGAACAUGAAUCAAACUACAGCAGCCAGGAAACACUAGGGAGAGCUAGCAAGGAAACCUUGGCAACCCGUAGUAGCCUAGCCGCUGGAACCACCACACUGUCGCUGAGCGACCGCAUUGCUAGCUAUCGCAGCCAACAGAAAUCAGCAGGGAGAGAAGGCAGAGAGCAUACAGAGUCAGAUUGGAGUUAG